UAUCUCUGCUCUAACGUCAUGGAAGCUUCGAAUGAGUUGCCUCCUUCGUCCCUGGGGUCUGGAGUAAGCAAGUGAGAGCUGACGAACAUUUCUUUUCAUCAGUUGAGCUUAUAAAAAUCUGUGUCGAAGGAGAGCAAAGAUGACAACAAUUUCUUGCCAAGUUAUACUUUUGGACGACACCAUCAUUGAGCGGGACCUGGAGAAAAAAGCAGUGGGCCAGGUUCUGUUUAAUAACGUCUGUGAUUAUCUCAAUCUGCUGGAAAGGGAUUAUUUUGGCCUGGUAGCAUGGGAUUCAUCCAAAAACAAGGUGUGGCUGGACCUUUCAAAAAAGGUUCACAAGCAGAUUAAAAGUCAUGAUGCUACAUUUACAUUCAGUGUCAAGUUUUACCCACCUGACCCUUCUGAACUGGCUGAGGACAUAACAAGAUAUUUACUGUGUCUUCAGCUGAGAAAAGACAUCCUGAAUAGCCAUCUACCCUGUCCAUCAGAUAUGUUGGCAGCUUUGGGGUCAUAUAUGAUCCAGUCAGAAUAUGGGGAUUAUAAUUCUGAACUACAUGGAAAAGAGUUCUUCAGAAACAUUCCCUUUGCACCCAAUCAGACUCCAGAGCUGGAAGAAGAAGUGAUAAAGCUGCAUCGCUCACUCAAAUCUAUGAGUCCUGCUGAUGCAGAUCAGCUUUUCCUGCAGAAUAUCAAAACCCUCGACAUGUACGGAGUACACCUGCAUCCUGCUAAGAAUGCCAUUGGAGAAGAUGUGAUGCUGGGAGUAUGUGCCGAUGGUCUAAUGGUGUAUGAGGAUGAGGAGAAGACACAGUGUUUUGUCUGGCCUAGCAUUCUGAAUAUGUUUUACAGAAACAGCAAAUUCCAGGCCAGGAUUUUAAAAUCAGAGGAGGAUACAUCUGAAAAUACUAUCAAAUUCAGUUUUUCCAGCUAUCGUGCCUGCAAAUGCCUUUGGAAAAAUGCGGUGGAGCAUCAUGCCUUCUUCAGGAAUCUUAAGCAGGCCCCAGAGGGGCUGCUACACUUCGGUUCUAGGUUUUGUUUCCAGGGACCCACACAUGCAGAAGCUCUAGAGGCAAGCUCCACCAUUAAGCGUCCAGCUCCACUUUUCCCACGUUCAGCCCUCAAAAGAAAAGCAAAAGAAACCUUUCUGGAGUCCCUAAAGCGUCCAAGUCAACCGGAGUCUGACGACUGGUUCCAAGUGCUUGACUCUGAUAAACCAAGGUCUACAUAUGACCCAGACAAGGAAAAACCAAGUGGUGGUGAGACCCUUGCUUAUAAAGAAGAAGAGGAUGGGCUGAAUAACGAGUGGUUGGGAUCUAAAGUAGAUGGGCUGGAUAAUGAGUUGUUUCAGAUGUUGGGUGGACGCCACUCAGCAUCCUUUCAGACUCAGCAAUCGUUGUCAACCUUAUCUUCAGAUACUGACAUUUUGGAAAGUGCUAAAUUGCAGCUUUGGAAACUGCAAGCAGAUGAUUGGUUUGUCCUCCUUGAACCCUGCACUUAUCAACUUCCGAAUCUCUGGCUCUUAAAGACUCUUCCAGUGAACCUGCAGUUUGAGUCCUCUCAAACUGAAAAUCAUGGAGAAGAGCUGGAGUGGGUAGAAAGAACCUCAGAGAUGAACAUAAAGGUUGUCAAAGAAGGAAAAGAGUUUGUGUUAGAACAACAUGAGGAACUAGAAACAGGAAGAAACCUAAUUAGACCAGAUAUUGUUGGAGAAGAUUUAUAUUCAGAUAAUAUAUCUAUUGAGCAACUACUGAAAAAUAUGUUGGAAAAGAUAGAACGAGAGGGAGAUGAAGAGGAAAUAGACACAGAAGUAAUGUAUGAACAGAGAACACAGAUAAUAGAAACCUAUACUAAACAAAGGAUGAGAGGGUUUGAAGAAGUAGAAGCAGAACAUGAACUGAUGCUUAAUACAGGUCAAGUGGUGUGUGAGAAUAAUUUAGAGGAACUAAAAGAAACAUUACUAGAAGUGGAGAGUAUUGAACAGAGGCUACAAGACAUAGAAAGGCUGAAAGUCAGAAUUCAGGAGGUAGAAAUGUUGGAGAGAAGACAACUACGAGAUAGCGAUGACUGGUACAUUCUGCUGGAGCACAAACUAAUUGAAUCUUCAGCACCGGCAAGACUACUAAGAGUGGACUCUUCUGAACAAAAGAAGAAAAACCUGGAAUGGAAAAGGAAGGAACAAGGAGAAAGAAAUGAUUGGUACCUUUUGUUGGAUUGCAAACCUUUGACGGUAUCUUCAGCAAUUGCAGGUCAUUCCAUGGACACAGCAGAGGAAAAAGCAGAAAUUAGACAGUGGAUAGAGAUGGAACGCCACAGAGCAAACACUGUUAUUCCUGUCCAGAUGAAAGAUGACUGGCACAUUUUGCUGGAAUCGCUUCCUCGAUCCUCACAGACUAUGAAACCUGCACUCCCUCCAACAGAAAUUGAUAUCCAGUCACCUUGGGCACAUAUGGUAGAAGAACACAAAAACUUGGGUGAGAUAAAGGAAGAGGAGAGAGCAACUCAUGUGAGAGAAACAGAUGUAGAUGUUUACAAAGAGACCAGACAGGAGGGAGUACAGGUGGUUGAAAAGCAAGAAAAGACGAUAAUAUACAAUGAAGAGAGAAGAGAAACGAUAGAAACAGCUCAUGAAAUAAAUCUGGUUCCUUCAGCAGCCACGAGACUUCAGCAAACAGUCACAAUCAAAGAAAAGGCCAUGAUCUUCGGAGAGUCACAAGUGACUGUUGGAGAAAAGGAAUGGAAAAAUCCUGCUACAGUGCGUCAGGUUGAAGACAACUGGUUUGUGCUUUUUACUCCAGUGCAGACUGAGAAGAAGGUCAUUGCUACAGAGCCUAUAACACUGAUUUCCGAAGAUGCAGAAGCAGACCUGAGACCUCAGCAAACUGUCACAAUCGAAGAAGAGGAAGUAACAUUUAAAAAGAUGCCCAUGAUCAUUAAAGAGACACAAGUGAUAGUUGGAGGAGAGGAAAGGAAAAAUCCAGCUACCGUACGUGAGGAUGAAGAUGACUGGUUUGUGCUUUUUAUGCCUGGACAUCUUGAGAAGUUCAUUGCCACAGAGCCUAUAACACUGAUUUCCGAAGAUGCAGAAGCAGACCUGAGACCUCAGCGAACUGUCACAAUCGAAGAAGAGGAAGUAACAUUUAAAAAGCAGCUCAUGAUCAUCAAAGAGACACAAGUGAUAGUUGGAGGAGAGGAAAGGAAAAAUCCAGCUACCGUACGUGAGGAUGAAGAUGACUGGUUUGUGCUUUUUACGCCAGUACAGCUUGAGAAGUUCAUUGCCACAGAACCUAUAACACUGAUUUCUGAAGAUGCAGAAGCAGACCUGAGACCUCAGCAAACUGUCACAAUCGAAGAAGAGGAAGUAACAUUUAAAAAGAUGCCCAUGAUCAUUAAAGAGACACAAGUGAUAGUUGGAGGAGAGGAAAGGAAAAAUCCAGCUACCGUGCGUGAGGAUGAAGAUGACUGGUUUGUGCUUUUAUGCCAGUACAGCUUGAGAAGGUCAUUGCCACAGGUACUAUUUUACACAAAUAAGGAUACAGUAAGAAAUAUGUUUGUUGUUCUAGAACCUAUAACACUGAUUUCUGAAGAUGCAGAAGCAGACCUGAGACCUCAGCAAACUGUCACAAUCGAAGAAGAGGAAGUAACAUUUAAAAAGAUGCCCAUGAUCAUUAAAGAGACACAAGUGAUAGUUGGAGGAGAGGAAAGGAAAAAUCCAGCUACCGUACGUGAGGAUGAAGAUGACUGGUUUGUGCUUUUUAUGCCAGUACAGCUUGAGAAGGUCAUUGCCACAGUACCUAUGACACAGAUUUCUGAAGAUGCAGCAGGCCUGAUACCUCAAAGUGCCACAAUCAAGGAAAAGGAAGUAUUGUUUGAAACAAAGCCCACAAUAAUCAAAGAAAAGCAAGUGAUAGUUAAAGAAGUGGAAAAGAAAAUUCCCGCUACAUCACAUGAGGUUGAAGAUAAUUGGUUUGUGCUGUUUACACCAGUGCAGAUUGAGAAGUUGGUUGCCACAGCAGGUUUUUCAGACACAUGGAUUCUGGAAGAAAACAGAUUAAGGGAGGUGCAGAAGCAGCAACUCAUAGAGGAGGCGAGGAGAAGCCAUGUGGUUAACGACAGAAGACUUCCUUCAUAUGUGCCUGAAGCAAAAGCAGAAGAGCGUCAUAGGGAGGUGAUUGAUGACUGGUACAUCCUGCUGGAGCCUUUUUCUAAAACAUCAGUGAGCGAGGACAGGAAGGCUGAGGAGGACAGACGGAGAAAGGAGGAGUUGAUUAAGAUUCAGGCAAAGGCAGAAGAUAGAAGAAAAAUGCCAGCUGACCAGCCAAUGACAUCAACUCCCACUGCACAAUCUGUUCGCAUCACAAGACCAACCUAUCAAGAUGAGAGUCUAAAGAGACUAGACAUCACACAGGAGAUCACACAAAAUAUAAAACAAGACUCUAAGGUGGAAACAGAGAUCAUAAUCAAGAGAAAGAGAAGAGAUAAGACAAUUGAGGGCGAGUCCAUUUAUAUUCGCCACAGCAAUCUAAUGUUGGAGGACUCUGAUGUGACUCAGAAUGUGUUGUUGAGCCAUCAUGCCAGCAUCAGUGAAUUAAAACGCAUUUUCAUGGAGGACAUGCCUGUGUUUGGCCCCACUGAGUGGGACAGGCGUCUUUCAUCAUACACUCCUGUCAUCUACCCCAAAUUAUCCAACGGCGAUCUAUUUACUGACAUAAUGAACGCAGAUGCAUUAUUGGUGAUGUGAAGUCGCUCUACCCUCUUAUCCAGAACAAAUCCUCUGUCAAAACAGCAGAAACCUUUUUUUCUUCACUGCACCAUUUUGUCAUUGUUAAUGCUUGGUAAUAUAACCUUUAUACCGUUUAUGUGCAGUAAAUACUAUAUAAACUAUAUAUUGAAAUAUAUAGCAUUAGUUUUGUUAGCCACAUUUUGAAAGCUGUGAGAAUCUGAAAAAGAACUUAAGAUGUGUGUAGGUUUAAAUAUGUAUAGGUGUGAUUAAAAAAAACUUCACUUUGAAAACAAGUAAGUUUGUUUAUUGUUUUAUAGUCUUUAUAUGGAGAUAACAUAAAUUCCACUUACAGUCUGUU